AUGAGCACCGACACAGGUUCUAAGGAAGAUUGCAACUACCGAAAAAUCUGUAUGGGAAUAGGUUACGACACCCAUGAGUCUGUGUGCUGUGACAAUCGAAUUCGGGCAGGUCGAAAACUGGCUUUCAACCCUGCUGUGGCCACUUGUUGUAAAGUAGGACAUGGAUGCACAUUAACAGCUACUGCUACACACGGUCUAAGUGAAAGGGUGUCAGCUUGCUGUGGAUUUAAAGCCUACAACCCACUCGAUGAAUUAUGCUGUCAGGCAACCAUUGUAGCCAAACCUGUGCCAAAGGCCCAAUGUUGUGGUGAAGAGGCUUUUGAUGAAGACAAGCAGCUGUGUUGUGGUCCGAAUCAUGACAAGAGGAUCCUGACGAGGACAUCCCGUCUCCACCGUUGCUGUGGUCGUGACCAGUAUUACACUGUGACUCAUUGCUGCUGCUCGAUGAAUGAUGUUCUUCAGAUAAAACCCAUUCAUUCAAGUUGCUGUGUAGAGGACACAGCUCAGAUCCCAAAGGGUCUAAGGCAAAGUGUGUCACCUCUCCGCGGACUGCAUGCCCAACACCCACAAAGUAAACAGAACUUUCAGUCAACUAUUGCAGCCAAAAUUGCACCAAAGGCCAAAUACUGUGAUAAAGAGGCUUUUGAUGAAGACAAGCAGCUGUGUUGUGGUCCGAAUCAUGACAAGAGGAUCCUGACGAGGACAUCCCGUCUCCACCGUUGCUGUGGUCGUGACCAGUAUUACACUGUGACUCAUUGCUGCUGCUCGAUGAAUGAUGUUCUUCAGAUAAAACCCAUUCAUUCAAGUUGCUGUGUAGAGGACACAGCUCAGAUCCCAAAGAUUCUAAGGCAAAGUGUGUCACCUCUCCGCGGACUGCAUGCCCAACACCCACAAAGUAAACAGAACUUUCAGUCAACUAUUGCAGCCAAAAUUGCACCAAAGGCCAAAUACUGUGAUAAAGAGGCUUUUGAUGAAGACAAGCAGCUGUGUUGUGGUCCGAAUCAUGACAAGAGGAUCCUGACGAGGACAUCCCGUCUCCACCGUUGCUGUGGUCGUGACCAGUAUUACACUGUGACUCAUUGCUGCUGUUCGAUGAAUGAUGUUCUUCAGAUAAAACCCAUUCAUUCAAGUUGCUGUGUAGAGGACACAGCUCAGAUCCCAAAGGGUCUAAGGCAAAGUGUGUCACCUCUCCGCGGACUGCAUGCCCAACACCCACAAAGUAAACAGAACUUUCAGUCAACUAUUGCAGCCAAAAUUGCACCAAAGGCCAAAUACUGUGAUAAAGAACCUUUUGAUAUGGGCAAGCAGUUGUGUUGUGGCCUGAAUCAUAAAAAGAGGAUCCUGACGAGAAAGUCGUGUCACCACCAGUGCUGUGGCCAUAACCAGUUUGACACUGAGACUGAGUGCUGCUGUUGGACCACUGAAUUUCCUGAGAUACUACCAAUUAAUUCCAGCUGCUGUGCAAAUGAGUCAGGUGUGCAUUUGCAGAAACCUGCACCUCAGCGCAACUGCACUGAGCCAAACACAAGGCUCUGUGGGUCAUCAUGUUACAACCCGGAUGAAUUUAGCUGCUGUGAGAGAAACCAGACAAAGCCUCACUUGUGCUGCAGCCCAGGUCAAUGUGAUGCUGUCCUCACAGUGUAUAAUCCACGUACACAAGUCUCCUGGGAUGGCUGUGUGUCUGAGUGGAAGCCUGAUAUAGAUCAAUUUCAUGGCUCAUCUGGACAACACUGCUGUGGGACAGAAAUCUACCAGCCUGAUACUGACAUCUGCUGCGGAGGACACAGACAUCCUAAAAACGAAAACAGUCAUUGCUGUGGGAUUCAAGCCUACAACAUUAAAGACCCACAGUUGAAGUGCUGUGCAGGGACACUGUACAACCUGAAAUCCUUGCAUAGCCAUGAUGCUCAAUGCUGUGGAUCCAUUCUGCAAGACCUAAGGAAUCAGGAUGUUUGCUGCUCAAGUGAGGACAAGGAGGGGCUCUACCCUAACAAACCAGGAUUCAGAUGCUGUGGCCACCUCUACUACAAUUCCUCUCUCUUUUCAUGCUGUGCAGGGAAGCUAAGUCCGGUACACCAACCGGGCCAGCAUCAGGGCAAGUUGAUUAUAGAAUCUAGAUUUCUAUCAGUGAGCAAUCUUAAAGAAACAGAUCUUUGCAAAGAAAUGAAAAUCGGGACCGUGCAAAGUGUGUCUCUGCACAGCAUCGUGUUCAGCAGUGUGCUGAAAAUCCAUGGAAUAAAUGCCACUGUGAAAACUCUGCCCUCGCCUUACAUCCUGAAAACACCUGAUCACUGCAACUUCCCUAAAAUGAUCCCUGGCAAGACCUACUUCUUUGAUGAAGUUAAUGUCUUCACUGAUUUCAGCCAUGACUCUACUAUUCAGUCACUCCAUUUCAUUAUUUACAAAUGUUAUCGUCCUUAGGUCACCACUUGUCAAUUUGUUUUUGUGUUGGACAACUUUCAUGAAAACUAUUAACAAGCUCCUCAAUCCUGUAUACUCAUUGAACUAAUAAUUACAUCACUAACUACUCAUUCAACUGCUCCUUAACCCUCCACACCAAUGUCGCACUUUCUGUGACUGUGGUCCAACAUGCAACCAGUGUACGGUUUGGACAUAAUCAAUUACCAACAGAUGGCACCAGUAUUACUUCAUGGCACCAGGGAAAACAUGAUCUAUUUUCAUCCCUCCCUCCAGCCCUUGUUCUAAUGUGGGGAUAUUUUCCUUUCGAUCCAAACUGCAUGGGAUGUUCGAAUAGCGUCAGAAUCCACAUUCAACAGUUUCUGUCUCUUUCUGAAACCAACAAUCUAACAUUCACCCCCAAUUAUUGUUAAGUUUUGUGUAAGUGAGAAAGGAGCCAGGUAUUGUCCUCUUUAUCUAUUCAAUUUUAAAUCUUAUUUAUAUAGCGCCAAAUCAUAACAGAGGUUAUCUUAGGGCACCUAUCAAAUAGAGCAGGUCUACCCCAUACUCUUUAUAGUUGUAUCUCAAGUAGUUAAUUGGGACUGUCUUCCUGGAGAUUGUCUGAAAAUAUGCACGAUUAUCCCCUUUUUUAAACAAUAUUGCACCACCCCCUCUCUAUUCUUGACAACUUUUGACUCUGCCUUCCACUUUGGUUGUUUGGACCAAGUAUAAAAAAAAAGAUUUCUGACGGAGUUGGACAGCACUUCUAAAAAACUAGCUCCCAGUCCCCUCAGUGACAGACAUUAAAUAAGCAAACUCCCCAAAACGACGAAGUAGAGGAGCAUUACUAUUAUUACUAACGACAGUAUUUUACUGAGUUUCACAGUGCAAUCACUCACACUGCUUGUUACUAAAGAAAGUAAUCAGUACUGUAACAAUGCCAAAAAUAGUGCAUGGUGAUAUACUCAUCUGUACUCAGGAUUAUCUGUAAUUAGGAUUAUUAUCUAAAGAUAGGCCAGAGCUGCAGCAGUGAAAGCUGUGCCCUCUGUAGAAUGAGUUAUAUUUUCUGUUAGUUUGGAGCGGCGAAGUAGCUCCAGUAGCCCUUUUCUUAGCUGUCAUGAUAGCAGCUAGCAUGCAAGAAUCUUACUGAGCAGUUUGAUUUUUACAUGAUAGAAACAGUUAUCAGCUAAUAUGUUUAAGUUUUUAAUGUUAUGUUAGUCUUUAUCAUUUUUACGCUACUUUGAUUCUUUUACUGAGCUACAUACUAAAUGGCAACUGUUUGCACAAGUGCUUAGGUCCUACAAUUGUAUGUUUACAUUGAAAUAACAUUUAUCAUGUCAUGAUUAAUAAAGCUAAUUAAGUAUAAUAUUUAAUAAGAACUAUCAGGGAUACAUAUAUGCUAAGUCAAGUUGCUCUGUACCAAAAUACACAAUAGUGGAAAUACUGGCUUUUUUGUCAUUUAUCAUUUAUACAACUGUAUAUUUUCUUGUGUAAAUGAAUGACAUGAAUUUAAGCAAAAAUAAACGCAUAUUCAUUUUACCAAAAGUAUUAUUUUUAAUAUAUAUUCAGCAAAAACUGCUACUGCAUGUUACAAUGUGUUUGAUAACAAUGCUAGUAUAA